GCGACGCCUUCAUUUUGGACCACUCCCCAGUCUCCACGCCUGCACCCGCGGCGAGCCAACGACCUCUCUCUAGAGAGCGAGCGAGCGAGCGAGGAGAGAGAGGUACCGAGGGAGGAGAUAUGCUAUCCAUGGAGCUUGUCCUUGUCCGUUCUCCUCCCACUCUCGGCGUGAAUGCAUCGCCUUCCUUGCUCCCCCUCCAUAGCCGGCGCCCCGCUCCAUUCCUCUCUCCAAGGCGUCAGCGCUUGUUCGUUUUACGUCCUCCGGCUCCUGCAUCACUACCCGUUGCCCUAGCUCACAACGGGACCGUCACAUCGCAAGACAAUGGGUUUUACACAGUUGGUGAUUUUAUGACCAAGAAGGAAGAUCUUCAUGUUGUAAAGCCUUCUACAUCAGUCGAUGAAGCACUGGAGCUCUUAGUAGAGAAUAGGGUCACCGGCUUUCCUGUGAUUGAUGAUGACUGGAACUUGGUUGGUGUGGUUUCAGAUUAUGAUUUGUUAGCUCUGGAUUCUAUUUCAGGUAGUGGACAAACUGAUACAAGCAUGUUUCCUGAGGUUGAUAGUUCAUGGAAAACAUUCAAUGAAAUCCAAAAGCUGCUACGUAAAACAAAUGGUAAAGUUAUUGGUGAGGUGAUGACUGAUGCCCCUCUUGUGGUUCGUGAAACUACCAAUCUUGAAGAUGCUGCAAGGCUGCUACUGGAGACAAAACACCGCAGAUUUCCAGUCGUUGAUAGUGCUGGUAAAUUGGUAGGUGUUAUCACGAGGGGAAACGUGGUUAGUGCAGCACUCCAGAUAAAGCAUGCAAAGAGGGUGAAUUCUUGAUUCCCGGAUGGGAAGCACAUAUUAAAGGAGCCACUACGGAUUAUUAGACCGCACUGCUGCAGUUGUCUGAUCAUUGAGACUAGGCUUUUGAUGCAUAUUUAUGUUUUAGAUAUCUUAAAUUAGGAUACAUCAAAAUAGGUAUGGACAGUGAUUAUUGAUCAUGUGAAGACUCAGUUAUGUCCCUGCUUUAUAUUUUCUCAAA